AUGGCGACCAAGAAAUUCAUCAACGAGCCGGACGACGUCGUUGACCAUGCCUUGCACGGGCUUGUCAAAACCAACGAAAAAUUGCGCUAUCAUCCGUCGUGUUCCCGAGUUAUCCUGCGCACCGAUUACAAAGACUACCUCGAGGGCGGAAAAGUGGCGCUGCUCGCAGGAGGCGGCUCCGGUCACGAACCGUUUCCGGCAGGUUUCAUUGGUAGCGGGCUACUGACUGGGGCGAUUUGCGGGAAUGUUUUCGCCUCACCCCCGAGUCAACACGUGUUUGCAGCCCUCGACGAGACUAGGGGCAAAGCCGGGACUGUGCUUUUCAUCAUUAACUAUACGGGCGACAGGCUGAACUUUGGGUUUGCUGUCGAAAAAUAUAAGCGAGCUGGCGGAAAGGCGAGAGUGGUCGUGAUUGCCGACGAUGUGGCUUUCGAUACCGGGGAGAAUCGGAUCGGAAGUCGAGGGCUGGCUGGAUGUACCCUAGUUAUGAAGAUUGCCGGAGCAAUGGCGGAACAGGGAAAAAGCAUGGAUGAGAUAGCCGAUUUUGCCGAGAAAAUGAACGCUGGCUGCGCUACCCUCGGAGUGAGUCUCUAUCCUUGUAGUCUACCCGGGAGGCCCGCUAUGUUUGAGCUGGAGGAAGGGAAAAUGGAGGUAGGCCUCGGCGUUCACGGUGAACCCGGUAAAAAGCGCGAGGAUGUACGUGAAGUCAGGAAACUUAUCCGCCAAAUCAUGGACCAAAUCCUACAAAGUAAAACGAUCGGGGGCACGGAAAAACGGCUGGUGCUGCUCCUCAACAAUCUCGGCGCUGUUUCCCAGCUCGAAAUGGGCGUGCUACGAGGGGAAGUGGCGAAUUACGCAGAAGCAAAGAGCCUCGACAUUGCACUGUUUUUCCAUGGCACAAUGAUGACGUCGCUAGAUGGGAAAGGAAUUAGCCUGACGGCGCUUCGGGUUGAUGAUGAGGCUGUAAAGAUGCUAGAAGCGGAAACGGCUGCUGAAGGCUGGACUCGGCCUCAUAAAGGCUUCGCCAUCACCACUUUUGAGCAACGAGAGGUUGAAGAUGAUGCGGGAAUGGAGGGCCUUGAGAAAAAGGGUGCAAAGCUGAAUUCAGAUGAAAGCUGGCUUCUUCGCAAUUGCGUCGAAGCCGCUUGCCAGGCAAUGCUCGACAAUCGGGAGAAGCUGGAUGAGCUGGAUGGAGCUGCGGGUGAUGGAGACUGCGGUCAGACGAUGGCCCAGGCUGCCAAGGCGAUACAAAAAGCGGCAGGAGAUCUGUCUUGGGAGUAUCCUUCAACGCUGUUUUCUCAGCUGGCCCUCAUUUUCCAAGGGUCUAUCGGCGGAACUGGAGGGGCGAUCUACGCGUUGCUACUCGAGUCGGCUAGCGACUCCUUCGAAACCUCAGCUCAUCCAAGAGAUUUUGGGCAGGGCUUGAGGAAGGGGAUCGAGACGGUGAUGAAAUAUGGGCGAGCGAAGCCCGGCGAUCGAACAAUGGUCGAUACGCUACACGCCGUUGCCGAAGCCAUGAGUUCCGAUUUUUCGGCUACUAAAGAGACGGUUUCCGAAUUAUGCAACAUUGCUAACGAAGCUGCCGAGAAAACAGCGGAAAUGAAGGCGCACGCAGGCCGGGCGGCAUAUACCGCAGAGGAUGUACAAACAAAACCAGACGCCGGGGCUACUGCGGCUGCUAUUUGGAUCGAAGCUAUUGGGAAGAAAUUCGAGGAAAAGAGAAAA